CCAACAUCGAACAUCCUUUGUUCAGAACAAAAAACUUUCGCUCCAAAAAUUGAAAUGUGUAAUAUGUCAAAUGAUGUUGUGAAGUAGCCAUUCAAUCCUGGACAGCAUUGUCCAGUCAGAGAGAAUGGACAGUGUAACAAAAGGAGUAAGACCCAGUAAGCUUGAUGCCUGCAUAGAAAACAUCACAAGAACUUUGACACAAAAAAGUCAAGAAGAUGAUCCUCAUCAGCCAUCAAACCAAUCAAAUUUUUAUAAAACAGAACCAUACCAGGCCACAAGUGAAAGUGAUACUUCCUUGAAGAUGAAAAUUCGGAAAGUUGGACCAUUCCAAACUCCUGAUGAAUUGAAGCCUUAUGAAUGCCCCAUUUGUCACAAGAAAAUAAGCAAUCAAGCUAACCUUCGAACACAUAUCAGAACACAUACGGGUGACAAGCCACAUCGCUGUGGCAUCUGUGGCAAAAGUUUCAGCAGAAAUGGCACGCUUCAGACCCAUCUAACAAUUCAUUCAGGCGUGAAAUUAUACAAAUGUGAAAUAUGCGGCAGAGCUAUUAGAGACAGAGGAAAUCUUUCGAAACACAUGAAAAUACAUCUUACAAAUAUCGCUACAAAAAAGGAAAUUGAGGAAACAACUGAUUUUAGAAUGAGAGUUCCUAAAAAAGAAAAUGGUUCAGUUCAUAAUUCACAAAGGGAUGUUCAUAUGAGGGAUCUUGAAAGCAAUACUUCACAAAUGGACAUUCUUAAGAAAGAGAUAUAUGCACUGAAUAACUCACAAAUAGAAAACUUGAAAAAGGAAAUAGGAUCAGCAAUAAGAGAUUUACCGAUGGAACCUCCCAGACCUAAACACCAAGCUAUUGAUUACUCACAAUCUGGUAGAGGAGGCAGUUUGUCACCUGACAGAGGAGGCGAGACAAAGACAAAUGAAGCAUUGAAAUUAAACAUGUUUUCAAAACUUGAAAUGAAGAGAAAAGAAAGUUCAACAACUCAGAAAUUGAAUCAUACUCAGGACAAUAAAGUCACCUACAACUGUGGACUCUGUUCAGUGGCAUUCCCUAAUACUGAUUCAUAUUUUUCACACAUGAUGGCACACGCAAGGGAUCAAAGCUACAACCAAAGGGGACCAGAAUUCUUAGAUGAUCAAUUGCUACCGUGGAGGAAAAUGAAGAAACAGUUGAAACAGGACACUGACCAAAAUGUAUUUAGUUCUGCGGAGCAGGAGAUGUUGGCUGCUUAUGAUAGAGAAUUAAGAGCUUAUAAAGAGCAACAAAGGAGAGCUGAUGAAAAGUUGAACCGGUUUCACAUGGAGAAACAAUCGACCUCCGCGACAGAAGAUGAUGUCAUGGAUGACGAUGAAAGUAGUAUGACCUCUGUCGUCGAAGAACAAAAGGUCAAGGAGAAAGACAAUUACAAAUGUGGCAUUUGUGGUGGUGAGUACAAGACCAAAGAUAGCUUUGAAGACCAUAUCACCAUUCACAAAGUUGAUAAACCGUAUCAAUGUACUUUAUGCCUGGAACAAUUCAAGGAGCUCCGGGACUUACAAAAACACACAAGAAGCCACCGAGGUUUGAAACCCUACUACUGUGAAAAGUGUGGGAAGGAGUUUAAUCAGGCCAUUUUCCUUGUAGAACACCUGCAGCGACAUUCAGCAGACGAUCCGCAACCAAGUGGCAGCAAUAUGAACGGCAAUUUGAGCGACAGUUCAUCCAAAAUACCUCAUCAACAACAACCUCAAGGGGAAAAUCAAGAAAUGUUCAUUGUAAUAGAGUGACAACUGACAAGCAGAUUUGGAAAUUUUUUUUUGUUGUAUACAUGUAUUUCCAACAAAAAAAAAAACAGUUUGAUUGCUAAAUUUUCCCUAUUUUGUCAUUGAUAUACUGUGUAUAUUUUUCUUAUAGGUUAGUGCUAAUUACAUUUUUCUUCUUAUUGUUGCAGUUAGUGUAUUUUGUUUUGUUUGUUAUUUUUAUUACUUUUUUGUGAUGUUUAGGUUGUAUUUGUGGACCAAAAUAUACAAGCACACACUUUGUUCUUGCAUAUAUCUGUUCAAACGAAAAGUAAUGAGUGAAAAAAAUUUAACAACAGAUCUUUUUUUUCCUGUUUUCAGUGAAAUUGAAUUCAACAAAGACCUACCUUCUUUAACUUGUUUACACUUAAUCAGUCAGGGGACUUAUUGAAAUAAGUGAUUUUUAAAUCACUUAUUUGAGUAGCAAAUUCAAAGUUUUUUCACAAAUUGUGAUUUUGUAGUUUUACCAAAAUUUUAAACACAUAGGUUUAGAUAAUAUCUUUUCAUUAGUAAACUUGAAAAAAAUGAAAUUUUUGCAUCUUGAAAGUAGCAAGGUUUAUCCCUUUGAUGCUAUCAUUUAGCUGCAAAUUCUAUUUUAGUUGAAAAAAUGCUAUAAUAAUGGCUGUACAUAAUGAACUGAUACUUUCUUCACAGAUUUUUCCCAACAGUGGGAGUAUUUUUCCUGUAAAGUUCAAGGUUUCAUCUUUCAGAUUAUGUAAUAAAAUUCUACUGUUCGCGAUCAAAAUUUCACUGUUUGGGGGUGUUGAAAUUAGUGGGGGUUAUUAAAAUAAUGAUACUUAAAGAAGUGAUUUUUGGGAAGGAAAUUGAGGUAUGAUACUUAAACAAGUGAUUUUUAUGUCAUUAUCCUAGAUUCAGUACAAGGUCAUCACCUGAAAUGACCUGGUCAUCCUAUCAACACAGAUGUUGGUUCUGAUAAUUUUAGCAACAUAAUUAGUCCCUGGAUCAUUAGUAUUUUAUAUUUAAAGCUACAAUAAAAUUAAAUGACUUCUUCUAAAGAUUAAUUUGUACUACUUAAAUAGGUGAUUAUUAAAGAAAGACAACUCUUACUUCCAUCCUUUAUGGACAUAAUGUUACUUGAAUCAGUGAUUUAGAAAAUCACUCAUUUGAGUAAGUCCCCUGACUGUUAAUUGUAAUUUGCAUAUAUAUUAUAGGAUUAAAUUCUUGUUGUAUUCAACGCAGCUUUUUGACAAAGCAUUUUUAGACAGGACAUACAUGUUAAUGAUUUAUUUAUAUAUUGUUUUGCCAGUUAAAGUAAACCAAGUAUGUCAUCUUAAUUGAUAUUAUUAUUAUUAUUAAAUUUUUCUGAAAUUACGAAAAAAAUGUUGCAGUAUUAUAAACUAAAAUUCUAGAUCAAUCAAUUAUUAAAGACUUUAAAUCUAAAUAAUUCUGUUUUUUUUUCUCUCACUGUGUUAACAUGUUUCGGUCCUAGUUUGUGAAAAUACAUAUUUUACAUAUUUAUUGUUGUACGUGCAGUUUUGUGAUUACCAUUUUAACAUGUAACUUAACUUGUGCCAUAUAAUCACACUUUAUUUUUACAAUUUAUGUAAUAUUUUAUUGAAUAUGAAUCUCAGGAAAGAAAUCUCAUUCACAAAUCACAGGGCAUCAUUUCAAUUUUUCCAAUUUUAAUUGUAUUUUUCAAACAUUUGUAAAAAGGGUAUACUUUUCUUAAUUUGUUUAUUUAUUUAUAAAAUGGGUAUACUUCUUAAGUGCUGCUAAUAAAAACUAUCCCAGUAUUGUAAUUGUCCACCUCAAAAUCAUUUUAUACAUUAUAAGCAUUUUCUAGAAUCCUUAUUGACUCCAAAAUUAAGUUUUGAUUCCAGUUACCUCCCCUUUUCAGGUAAGGUAGCACUGGUACUAGUUACAUGCAAGGCAGGGUAACAGUGAGAAGUACAUUGUAGAGUAAAACUGAAAUGAUGUAUCCCAAUUUUAUAUUAUUGUUUUCUUUAACCUGACCAAACAAACACAUAAUGGUUUAUAUAUACCUCCCUGGUUCUUCAGAGAAUAAUGCAUUAAUGUGGAACUACCAAUUAAUUACCUGUUUUAAUGUUGAUAAUUCGGAAGAAAGAAAAAAUUAGCAACAAAUCCAAGAUUUUCAAAGGAAGGUUGCAGCAGAGGCCAAGUCAAAUAGGGGACCAUCAGUAAAAACCUAAAAAAUGUAGAUAUAAAAAACAAUGCAAAAACAGAAAUUGUUAGUCAUAAUUGUGGGCCUCCUUGGCAGUUUCUGGACAUUUGUCUUUUUAUCAACUACUGUAGUGCUAUAGUUUAAACUGCCUCUUUUUUUUGAAUAAUUUAUGAAAUUGAACAAGUAUUUAUUUAUUGCUUGCUUUUUCUUGAUUGUAUUUUAAACAAUGAUGCAGGGGUGUAAAAAUCAGUAUUUGUUCAGAGUUUUUCAAGUACAAAUGUACAAGGGAAAUAAAUUUUCAGUGCUAUAUAAGGCUAGUCAACUAUAUUUACCAUGUUUACAUGUGGUGAAUUUUGUAAUAGUAUAACGAAAUACUGUAAUCUCUGAACAUUUAAACCAGGUACAUGUAUGUGUAUGUAAAUAUAUAUAAAAAGUAGGAUAUUAAAUUACACACAGUACAAACUUUGUAUGUAAAUAUUACAUGUUAAGGAUGCUCUCUGCUGAAAGAUUUAAAUAAAAAACAACUCCCAAAUCAAUACCUCAUCAUUAUUUGUCCACCAUUACAGAAGAUCAUAUAAGUUCGGCAAUAUUGUCAUUUGAAAAAAAGAAAAUAUCUGAUGCCACAAAGCAAAAAGUAUGGUAUGAAGUCAAUGUCAGGUUUGGGAAAAUCUUGUGUCAAGUUUCACAGAAUGUCAAAGAGUAAUAAGAUUUAAGAGAGUACAUGUGUUCAUGAAAAUUAUGGAAACAAUUAAGAUAAGGUUUGACAAGUUUGAGGUAGAAGCAUUUAAAAAAAAAAAACAGCUGGAAUGUGUUUCUAUACAAAAAAGAUGUUUUGUCAUUUCAGAAAAUAUAGCAGAAAAAAAAAUGAGGUAACAAUAAUUUAAAAAUAAUUUGUCAGAAUUGGAAUUUAUUUGAUUAUUUUUUUAAAUUUUGAGAAAGGUAGCACUAACAAAAUGGUGCUGGUGUAUUUUGUAGGAAAAAUGCAGAGGAGUUCAAAAUAUUUCAGAAAAGUUAGGAAUGUAAAUGUACGUGAUGAGCAUCCUUAAUGAUUACAUUUUUUGCAUACAUUUUAUAUGAUUAAAACUAUAUUGAUUUUUGAAAUUCACGAUAAUGAUAUUUCAAUAACUAUAAUUGAUGGUAAAAUAUUUUGUGUAUAUAAUUAAUUGUAUAUAGAUAUUCAUUAUUAAUACUCUUCCAUAUAACAAUUGUUGUUUGACUUUUGUGCUUUUGCUAGAUAUAGGGAUUUGCUGUUGCCAUGUUUUAUGCCGUGCCAUUGUAAAUGUUGUUUUGAAUUGUUGUUACAUAUACAUUGUACUAUACACUUUUUAUGCCAUUUAGAUCUGAUUUUGUGUUCUCAUAUCAAUUAUGUACUUAAAAAACAAUUUAUAUUGAUUGUGAAUAUUUUGAAUAAGACUUUUUCUUUAAUUGUUACGAUGAUUUCUACACUAAGACAGGAACUUCAAUUGUUCAUAGGAAUCUUACCUUACCGUCACUUCUUUGGUUAUGUGCACUAUAGCUUAUGAAUUUUUUGUCUUUUCCGCUUGUCCUUAAUAUGAGUAGGCAUCAAAUUAUCCAUACCUCUAGAUGGUAUCCUGUUUCUCUGUUGACAUUACUUUUCUUUCAUCUUAAAACUUGCAAAUUUUUUUUUUUUUUUUGUAAAUGAGUAAACUUUUGAAUUAAGGAUGUACUUAGGUUAGGUUUAGGAAUUUCUGUCAGAUGUUCGGACUUUUCCGACAAUACAGGGUAAAAUAUUAUGCCCAAUAACACCCAUUUUUCUUUUCAUAUAAGACUUUAAUAGCUCAUAAAAGGUCAUUUACCAAAAUUUAAGCAGAUUCUAGAUUUCUUUUCUUCCGAUUUGAGACCCAACUAAUACCAAUGCAAAUAUAAGGUAAAAGUCUGAGUCAGCCUUUUCUCGCCAUUUUUUAAAAAUUAAAUAUCUCGAGGAGGAGCUCCAUAACCUAUCAAUAUUUUUAGCUAAUUUUGUUCCUUAACUAAUGCUCUUCUGACUUAUAGUAUCAAUUUUAAAUUCUAGAUUUUUUUAAUUUCACCGAAGUACAUCCUUAAAUACAUUGAAAAAUUGAAGAGCAGAAGUUUAUGGCCUACAGUUGGAACGGAUAAAAUCAAUCUUGACUUCUUUAUUCUUUACUUUUGUUUUGAUUUAUUCAGUACAUUUUGUACUAGUUGCAUUGCUUUACUAGAGAUUUACAUAUGUCUCUUAUUUUCUGUUAAAACAUUUUUAUAUUGAUGAAUUGAAUGUAUUUUUAAUACUUUAGAUUGUUGUUCAGCUGUGCUUCCACAAAAUCAUGUGACAGUUUGUGCCAUUUUUUGUAGCAAUAUGCAUGUUUUAAGUCUAAUUAAUUCUGCUGAAAAUUUUAGCCAAAUAUUGUACUUGUUUGAGGUGUUCAUUAGUGAACUUUUCUGGAAGCCCAUAAUAAUAUAGCAUGUAGCAUGGCUUCGAGUGUAGAUUUCAAAUUGGGGUAUGUUUUCUGUUAAAAUGCAUUUUUGCUUGAAUAUAGCAGAAUAGAAUAAGAAUAGAGGCCAUAAGGCAUAUCACAGUAUGCUCCACUUAUACUAUAUAGCUAUCAAAUUUUUAUGUCAAGUGAACUGCAAAAUCUCGAUCAAACUCCUAUUACUUUUGCAUAUAUUUUGAAAAAUUCACAUCUUGAUAAGCAUAACUACUAAGUUUCAAGUUAACAUGACCACAACUUCAUUAUAAAGUACCUUUAUAAUAAGCUUAAACCUGAUACAGGAUGGACAAAUAUUUUCAAUUUAUUUAAUUAUAUCAAUACUUUUUUUUACUGAUUUAAAUAUUACCUUCUAACAAAUUUACAUUAUGUAUUCUGACAGGUCAAGUACAUUUUUAUUUUUGAUAAACAGCAUUUUGUGUUUCUAGUCUGUUAUAUUUUGGAAAUUGUAACAAAAUGUAUUUUUUUGAAAUUAUCAUAUGAAUUUUUGAUUUUAGAUAUUUUCAUACCAAUAAUCUAUAUUUUGGUUUUAAUAUGAUAUUGAGAAUUUGAAAGUAUUUCAGAAAAGCUUUCGAAAUAUGUUUUUAGAGUACAAUAUUUUCUAAAAAUGAUUUGUACAUGUAAUGAGUGAGUAUUUUAUUUGAUUUGAAUAAUACACAAAAUGGAUAACUGGAAUUAUUAAAAAUAUAAGACAGUUUUCAUUCAACACCAAUCACAAACGUUUGGCUCUUCUUAGAGCAAAGAAGAAAAAAACUCUUUGCAAAGCAAGGAAUUUAAAAACGUGUUUUUACCACACUUUUUAAUACACUUGUACAUGUAUUUCAUUUUAGUAUACAUAAAGUCAUAUACAUGGUUCGUUUAUAAAUAUUAACAGGUCAUAUCAUACACGUGUACAUAAAUGUAGAACAUUAUAUCCAUUACUUUUUUUUUCUAUGUAUUUGACUGUUUGAUUUAUCAAAAGAUGGAUUAAAAUGAAAACCAUUUAGCAAUAUUGCUAGCAUCAGGUAUUUUCUGUUUAAAAACCUAACCUCAUAAUUUUUAUUUAUUUUCUGUAUACCUGUUAUAAUGGACCAAUUUAUAAAGGUUGACUGACCAGUGUUGUAGAUUAUUAGAAGGACUAUGUUUGAGAGUACAUAUUACUUUAAGAAAUUGUUUAUUGCAGGAAAUAAGAUUAAAGCAUUAAUUGAGUGGUCACAGUUAGAGGAAUAAACACUGAAUAAGUCGGGGUACAUAAAGAUUGAAAAGAAAGUAUUAAAUUAUCUCCCUUUGUUAUUUGAAAAAGGGAGAUAACUUAGUAAUUAAUGUCAUGUGCUUUCAGAUGGUCUUUUUAUAUAUUGUAGAUCUGACAGUAUCAAAAAGCAUAAUUUUUUUGAUUAUGUAAAUAGGUAUAUAUAUAUAUAUGUGUUCUUUUUAGCAGGUAUAAUAAAACAUAAUUGGUAGCUAAGUCCAACUCAGCAUUGUUUGUUUCUUUUGAAUGUUUUUUUCUGUAUUAUAGUUCAUUUUAACCUUGAGGUGAUCUGUUUGUCCAGAAUAAUACUAGUGUGUCAUUUAUGGAUGAUUUUAGUAUAGUUAUGAGAUUAUAUUUUGUAAACACUCUUUCACGUAGGGUAAAUACAUGGGUACUCUGGGAGUUAAAGAUUGUUAAUCGUGCUUAUUCAACACUUCAGGGACAUUUUUAAAAUUCAUUUUGAAACACGUAAGGGUAUUCUGUUCCAAGCAUUGUUUUUAACAUAAUAUUCUUUCUUAUUAAAUUGUACAAAUUGGAUUUAAGAUAAAUGAGAAAAGAUACUAUUAAAUAUGCUGUUCAAUUUAACAAGGUGGACACAAUUUAUACAUGAAAUUUGUUUGAAAAAAAAAGUUAGCGUAUUUGAAUAGUUGUUUUGUAAACAAAAAUAUAAUUCAUGGUGAAGAGAACCAAGUUUUCUGGGCUUUAACAUUAUCAGCAAUUUAAAAAUUCUCAAAUCACAUGAUUCAUUUGAUGCAGCAUACAUGAUCACAAAACAAGUGAUCUGAAGUGUUUAAAAAGAAUUCUAUUUCUGAAUAUCAAGUAAUUUUAACUUUUGAAGAUGUGUGAUUAUAUUUAUACCUUCUGUACACAUUGAAAAUGAAUUUGGUGAUCAAAUUUAGAAUCCAGAUAUUAUCAUUAUUCUUAAAUUUCUAUUAUCAUCUAACUUUUUAUUCAACUUCUAUUAUAAUUAGUAUUGGCAUUAGAAAUAAAAAUGUCAUUCAUUUUUUUUUUAAUUAAAAAUGAUGUUGUGUAAAUGUCAUACCAUAUAUACUCAAGUGUCAUAUUCUGAUAAACAAACUUUUGACUGUUUAGUGAUAUUUUAAUUUUACAGGAAAAAAUAUUUUAUUUAUAAUUUACCAGUUUAAAGGUGCUAACUGUGUACUUAUUUUGUUUAUGUAAUGUUGACUUUAUUGAUAUUAUGCCCUUCAUUUAAGGUCAAGGACAAUAGGUCAUGUUUCUUGUUAUGAAUCUCAAAAUGGGUCAGUCGAAUCAUUUUAUAAUUUUUCAACACAUGGAAUAAAGUUAUGAUUUUAAUUUCAUCCUUCAGAAUGAAUUUCCAUUGUCAUUGAAUGUCAUGGUAACUUUUUUAAUCUUGUAAAUUACAGGAAAUGGCUUUAAAUCGGACAUAGAAUGGAUUUACCUUAUGAAAAUUGUUGUCUUUUUGCUAUUAUUGGUAAUAUGAAAAUUAGAUUUUGGGAUUAAACAAGACAUUUGAAGAAACAUGAUAUAUUUUUCUUUUAUCUUAUAUUGAAAUCUCAGUGAUGCCAUAUCAGUUUUAUGCUUCAUAUCAUCUUGUUUUUGGUCAGUUAGUGAAUUUUGUUCAAUUUUUUUACAGUAAAAUAAUUUUUUGUCACUUGUUAAUUAAUUUUAUCAUAUCAAAUGUACAGCAGAAAUUUCCAUAAUGAUUCCCUAGUGCAGAAUGGUCUUUGCCUGUAUUAUUAGACAGAUGAAUUGUAGUCUGUAAAUCACCGAAGCAUUAAUUAUACAGGGUUUAUAUUUCGAAAAUCCAAACAGCAUUUUUUUUCCUGUAUGGAGAUUUUGUUCAUUGGAGUUGUCUCUCUUUGCACACAAUGCUAUAUUAUACUUUAUAUAAGGAAAAAAUGAAAAUGGAACUGAAGAUUAUUGAAAAAUUUCUGACUUUCUAAAUUGUGAUAUGCAUUUAAUGCGUGAAUUAGUUAUAUUUUAUUAUACACUAUAUAUGAUGUUCUUUUCUUUUUCUUUUUCUUUUUCUGUAUUGCGUUGAAUUUUGAAUGUCAUCAAAAUUUAUUAUUUAUUAGUUUAUUGCAAAAUUACUUCAUAACAAAGUCACAAAUAAUUGUUUUUUGUUAACAAAUAGAUCAUGACAAGAUGACAUUCUCUAAUCUCAAAAUAUCAAAACUAGCGAUUAAUUACUAAAGCUAUUUGUUUUAUAAAUAGAGGGAAAUGUUUAAAUGAUGAGAAUUAAAGUGGUAGAUUUAUAUUUCCUGAUUUCAAGCACUAAACCUGUUUGUUUCGUUUAGUUUUAGCAUUUUCUUGUCUUAAAUUUUUAUCUUCCUUGAAGAUCUAGUUUACAUGAGGGAUAUUUCACGAUGUUAGGUAAAUCUUGUAUCAGACAAAAAUUUCCUACUUAUAUUAUAUUAAUUGCAAAAGGUUACUCCUAAAUGAAAGAUUAUUUCCUUGUGGUAUUUUAGCUCUACAAGAAAGUAAGACAGUUUAUAAUUUGUCAUCUGUUUAGAUAUUAUAAAAUAGUUUGAUAGCAUUUAAGUAAAAAUAUGUAAAUACUCUGGUAUGUGGACAAUUGUCUUUGUUUAUUUCACUUUUAUAUUUGUAAUUGAGAGGUUGGGCCAAAUGUUGUAAUAUCAUAAAAAUAACAAAAUAAUGUAACAUUUUAAAAUUGAGUGAUGGCACUAUUUUUUCCAGGGACUUAAUUAAGUCAACAGAAUAUCACUUAUAAGUAUUAAAGAAUGUGAUAUAGAUUUGAUAGUUUUACAUUGGAUUCAUGUGAUAAAUUGAUAUAAGAUUUUACAAAGUCUGCAGAUUUCAGGAAAAAGUUUUUAACUUACAAGUCACAAAAUUAAUCUUUCAUAAAAUGUCUUUGAAUUUAUAUGGGUUGUGAAUCCUCUUUUCUGGAGAAUGUUACUGACCUGGGUUCAAUGGCUUGUAGUCAUAGGUUAAGCCCGAAUUUUAUAUUACAUUUAAUUUUGAUCCAUCAGUGACCUUAAACGUAUUGGCUACUAUAAAUGUGGGUAUUUUUUUAGGUUGUUAAUUUUCCCAAUAUCAAUGGAUAAAAAAAAUGUGCAUUGACUGAUAACUAAGCCCCUCACAUUAACAUUGUUAAGGUGUACAAUCUAUUGAUGUAGGGGAUAUUUGUAUGUAUGUUACAGUAUCCCAAAAUGAGCCAAUAACUCCUGUAAAUUUUUGAUGUUAACAGUAUUCAUGUUGAUAAAAAUGUGGACCUUUUGUUUUACAUCUUUGGUUGUCAUUAUUUAAGGUUCUGAGCAUUUCUUAUGAACUUUUCAAACAUCAGCAUUGUACACCAAAUUAUAAUUUAUUUAUUUUAGUCAUAAAUCACAUGAAUUUUUAAGAGAGAAGUUUAUGUGUCAGGUAGAUUUUUCUGUAUUUUAUUACAAUGCACCAACCUACUAUUACACUUAUAUUAUGUGUUAUGUGUCUAUGUUAUUUGUGCUGUUAUUUGCUUGUUGAAAACUUUGCUGCCAUAUUCAGUAGUUUAUACAUGUUUAGGUCUGUAUUUUGUGCUGAUAGUUAUAGACAUGUUGUUGUUCAAUAAAUAUUAGAAAUCAA